GCGGCGCCGUAAAGUUAUCUGAAAGUUGAAUGCUAUCCCACAACGAAUUACUCCUCAGCUAGUGAGGACACUAGUUCUGUGUAAACUCGCAUGUAAAGAGGCAUAACAUGGUUGAGGUUCUUCACUACACUUUCGAAAGGACAUACAUGAGAACCAGUAGAUCCUACACGUCCAAAAUGCAGUUUAAAACUUGUUAAUUUGAUUGGUUCGUGGUGUAGCAUGCAUUCAUUGAGAGACAUGAAACCCAUUGAAGUGACCGAGGAGAACUUUGAGCCUCUUCUUGUCUAUGAUGACCUGUUCCUUGAUUACUUCAAUGCAUUCCUGCAGCUCUCAGCAUUUCCCCAACCACUUUACUACAACCGCCUGACUGGGACAUUCCAAGAAGUUGAAGAUGACAGGCAGAAUACCAAUAACUCAUCAGCGCUUGCAUCCAUCGGGGAGGCUAUCCCGGGGUCUCGACACCGCCACGCAGUGUUUGCCCCUGGUGAUGAAGAAAGAGAGAGAAUCCUAGAAUGGGCCAAGACUGAAAGGCUGCCUUUAUUUCUCAGAACAAAACUCUUCCUAGAAUACAAACUAUGCAAGUUGCUUCUGCGACCUCUGGAUGAGCGGCGCUCGGCAAGUCGUCAGAAUUCGUCUCGAGGUCUCCGGGGAUACAGCCGCCAGACCACUAGUUACACCUCCACAUCUGCCAGUCUUGCGCAGAGCCGAGAACCGUCCAUUUACGAAAACGAGGGCAGUGAAUAUGGAUACUGGUUGGAUGAGAACGAACGCAUGGCCAUGUUCAGAUAUCUUAGGCCUGGUAGUAGAUGUAUAAGUCUACCACCUAUGUUGGGGUUAGGUCCAAACAGUCCCAUGUGGAAUGCUGAAGUCUACUCUGACAUUCCCACUGUCCCUCCAACUAACGUCACCAAUGACUCGUCUAAGCCUUCCAGCAAGUCUGCGUCCGGCAGGCGGUCUCACAGUAAAGCCAUUGCUGCUGCUGCUGCUGCUGCUGCUGCUGCCGCCCAGAAGCCGGAGGGUGAGGUAACAGAGAAUGGCUGGACGGCCGAUAUGGCUGAGCUCAGUGAAGAAGUAAGGGAGAGGCUAAGCUUCAACGGAAACGCUGAAAAUGACUCCAAACAAGAUGGAGCAGCCUCAAGUAGAAAGAGCGCCCUCCGGAGUCCUGGGAGUAAGGGGAUUUCCCCUAAGAAGAAGGCCACUAUCUUGAUUCCACAUGUUGAUGACACACUCAGCGAUACCUUGGAAGAAUCCAGUAGUACAUUCCAAUUUUUAGACAGGGUUCCAUCUCCGCCUGAUGAGUACCCCAUACCUCCUGAAGGAGGUGGAUCAAGAUUUCAAACCUCACUGGAGCAGAGUCUCCUUGCAGGAGAUGAUGAAGAUGAGGAGGAGGAGGAGGAAGAUGAAGAUGAAGAUGCAGGGACGGGCACAGCGAGUGUUAUCGAGUAUGACAAUGAGGAAGAUGAGCGUACCGAGUCCGAACUCAGACAGAUAGAGGGACGCCAUCGAGUCACAUUCCAACAGCUGAAGGAACAUUUGAUUGGCGGGUUAUCAGGCAUGGCAGCAUUCAAGUCAUUCCUGAGCAACACGGCAGGAGAAGAUAUGAUGAACUUCUGGCUGGACUGUGAACUUUACAGCGAUAAUGUACAAGCAAUAAACUUUGGGGAAACCUUAACCAGUGCAACCAUGACUAGAUUGUUUAGAGAUAUUCAAGACAAGUAUAAGUUUAAUCUGACAGCUGAUGCCAAAGAACAAAUCAAGCAAGCUCAAGGCAAUACAGGGUUAAGUGAGUCGGUCUUCACGAGGACUCAGUACGACAUCCUGAGGAGAUUACGCUCUUACUGGGUUGCUAGAUAUGUCCUACACAAGGAGAGAAUGGGUGCCAUAAGUGCAGAGAAGCGAAAAGGAAUUCAAGAUUCCGAUGCCGAUAAUACCCCCAAGACUCCUCAGAUGUCCUUCCUUCCCUCCAUAUCCCUGGUCAACAGUCUUCCUGUCAGGCCCUCUUCUUGCUUUCGACUUGCCUCUACCAGCCGAGACUGGAGUAAAGUAGCCAUGGGCGGCCGCAGGAUGGAGGACAUGGUCCGCCCGGGCCGGCUGGUGGACCUGGAUGCUGUGCCUUACGUGCCAAGGCCUCUGUCCGCCAGGUUUCAUGUUGGACUGGCGUGUGACAGAGAAGCUGGGAGGCCCUUCCAAAGACACCUUGAAAAGCAAGUGGAUCACAGGCUGCUUGCGAAUCUGUUAUUCUGGCAGGAUGUAACGGACUACGGAGCUGAGGAGGACAGGGCUGCUGAUAGGCUUCUUCGUAUGGGUCAUGCCUGGGGUAUAUUCAGUAAAUUCAUCAUGGAUGGAGGCAUGUGGAAUAUAGGUGUGGAUCCCAAUGAAAGAGACAAUAUCCACAGACGCCUGUUAACAACCAGUGACUUUGUAGAAGCCUCCACAUUCAGUCGUGCCAAGGAGCAUGCCGUCCUGAUGCUACAACGAGAAUGGCUGGUCUACCUUAAGGAGGAUCUGGCUGUAUUUUUACACUCUAGGGCGAGACCUGAUGAUCGAUUUUCUUCUAAAAGUUCCCGCCACUCCUCGGCCAAGUCAAUCAAGAGAGAAGUGGCUCCCCCUACUCGCCAAGUCCAUUUUACCUUAACUAGAGUCAGUGAUGAGGACAAUGACAGUGAAGAAACGGAAUCCAGCGAUCAUGAUGACAGCAGCACCCCAUCCGCAUCACCGAGACGGCAAGCCCGUCAGCGAGCACCCUCCAAAGCGGUCAAAUCGCGCAAGAAGCGCGAGCUCAGCCCGGAGUCUAAGAAGAAAGCCCAGCAGAAGAAGCGCAAGGAGCAGCUCGCUAUGCAGAAGAAACUCCUGAGGCAAGUGAAGAAGGCCCGGGCCGAAGCAAAGAAGAAACCAGGAGUGAAGUUUCAGACCCCUCAUGACCAGGCCAAGGGGGAUGGUGGUGGGGGUAAGGGGAAGAAGGAGGAGUCUGCCCCAGCAUCGUCUCAGAUUCAGACGUAUCAACCACCAGAUGUUAAGUCGGUGGAGGAGGCACGAGAGGAUGCAACAUUCAAGAAGAUGGCCAAGAACAAACAAUUGAUGACCUUGUUCAAGAGCUACAUGCAAGAGAUCGAAGGGAAGGAGAACUUGAAUGCAUUCAACAUGUACUUUGAUAUUGAAGCUCCUCUACGUCUGUCGGAUGCCCAUGCAGAGAAACGCAACACUCUCUCCCGUCAGAUAGCCGCAUCAUACUUCGAUCCAUCUUCCAAGAAGGCUGUGGAGUUGUCCCACGAUGUCUUAACACGCCUCGGCAGCGACGGUGACAGGCCAACAGUAAAGACUCUAGAAGCUGCCCAGAAAUCAGUCAUACCAAGACUGGAACAGGUCUUCAGUAAUUUCUGGAUUGCCCACUUGGAAUCUAUGGAUGAGCAGGGCGGAGGCGCUGGGGGCGAUUCCAAAUUUGACAUGGCCCUCCGGUCGGGGAGCACUCAAAGUUUGGUGCUCACGUGGAAAAGGCGUAGACGCGGUAAAGGCCCGCACUCUGGUCAGCAGAUGCCAACCUCACAGGAUAAGAAUGAGUUCCAGGCGUUCCUCCUCAAGUCAGCCCGAGGCAUCCCUCCUCAGAAGAUGAUGUAUUUCCAUCGUUACCUGAUGGAGUAUGGAGAGAAGGACACCAUGCCCCUCCUAGAGAAAGAUCUCGUCUUCUACUUGGAAGUCCAGAGAUUUAAGGAAUCUCACCAUGCAUUUUCGGACAUGAUAAUGCUAAAACGAAAGGUUGAAGUGAUCAUUGAUUGCUUCAUUGAUUCUCCCGUCACUAACCCAGGACUACAGAUUGAUGUCGCACCAGAGAUCUCGAGUAAGCUGCUGAAACAGACAGAUAACUACCUGAAAGACAAAGGGAAAGAUCCUCACAAUCCCACCAUGUUUGAUGACGCCCAGUAUACCGUCUUUAAGGAGAUGCUUCCAUACUGGUCUUCAUUCACAAAGAGGUACAAGGAAUACCAUGACAAGAAUCCCAGAUUGCCAUCCACCAAGGUGCAGAAGCUGACCAAGCAGAGAUUGAAGAAGUUCCUAGACAUGAAGGAUCCCAGGAGAGACUUUAAGCUACCCUCCGUCUCCACGGCACCACAGAGCAGAACAGGAGGGACCGGAAUCACAUUCUCUAUAAGCGAAGGACUUCAAUGGAAGAGUAACAAAGAAUUGCAGGGGGAUGAGACGUUUGAGUUGUCUGACGUUAGCGAUGGCACAGUUUCUCCAAGCCAGAGUCGUAGAGCUAGUUCCAUUGAAUCCGGUAUGGGACCACAGUUCCACAGGCUUCGUGCUGGGACGAAUAGAAGUCUUUUAUCACAGGAAUCUACCAGCACCAGAGCAUCGAGGGUUGCCUCCAGGGUUGGGGUCACUGCUUGAUGCACAUAGUUUUUUUUAUAUAUAUAAAAUUUGCACUAUUUUGAAACAAAAAUAAUUCUUAUAUUUUGCUAAAACAGUGACCAGUAGAUUUAUUUGGGUGUAAACUUGUAAACUAAUGAAGAGGGUGUGCUUAAUGAGUAGCUUAGCUUUAUUUUAAAUUGUUUUAAAUUAAACUGUCCGUACUUGUACUUUGGUUAAAACCAAAGUACUUUGGUUAAAACCAAAAUACAGUACGGACAGUUUAAUUUUAUUACAUUGCAUCUGUUUUGCUUAAUAGGUAUGAUCAUCGUUUGUUUUUGUCAAUGAAAUGCUGAUUUAUGGGUAAAAUUAUCAAGAAAGAUACAAUAAAAAUCACCUGUGAAAGUUUCUGUUGAAUACAGUGUCUACUUGUUAAGAAAAGAAACAAAGCAAAAAACUGUCACUCUAUUUUCAUCAAGACAUUGAAUUCAUCCAUGUUGAUCGGGUACCGACUGCAUCUCUGGCCAAUUAAAGGGGAGCAUUCACAUGGACACCAUGGUCAUUUUUAAAAAGUCGCUACAGAGAAUCUUUUGGGAAAUUAAUUUUUUUUUGACACUUUUAUUGAUUUCUAAUCGAUGUGGUCUUUUCAGAUGAAAUAAUUGCACAUUACUAUCUUUAUAAUAAGCAGGUUUUCAGAUACGAAUAAACAAUUUAUUUAGGGGGUCAUUGCAAAAGUAUAUGACUCUACCUUAAUCUUCAAUAUUAAUUGCUUAUAAACGACCGCUCAUGUACCCAUAUUUAAUAGUCUUAAUCACUACACAGGCUGUUUGGUUGUAGGUUUGCACAUGAAAGAACAAACAUUAAAUUUCCCCAGCUCAUGUCUUGAAACAACCGAAUCAAUAUAUCACAAUUGACUCCAAUUUAACAGAUUUGUAUUUUCCAUUUAGGCCUAUGUAGUAUUUUAAGGUACAAUAGCUCUCCAGUGCCGAUACCAGUUCCCUUUUUGGUGGGCUUUGUUCUGUUGACUGUGUUUGGAUACCAGUUCCCUUUCCGGUGGGCUUUGUUCCGUCGACUGUGCUUGGCAUGUGUGUGUUUACCAUUUAUAAUUCCAUUUACAGCUGCAGGCCUGCUACACAGCCCCUUUAAAAAGCAUUCAUAAAUACCUCAGACAGUUUCGCUAUUCCUAUUGGUGGAGAGCGCGUCA